AUUUAUGUCUUGGGGGCUGCGAAACAGCGUUGGUAUUAGACAACCAAGGCACUCGCUGGUGGCCUCUUUCGCUGCUAUCAACCUGGGCUGAAGACGUCUGAUCAUGUCCCAUCGCAAGUUUUCGGCUCCCAGGCAUGGCCACCUGGGCUUCCUUCCUCAUAAGAGGAGCCGCUGUCACCGCGGGAAGGUGAAGACAUGGCCCAAAGAUGACCCCAGCAAACCGGUCCACCUGACAGCCUUCCUGGGCUACAAAGCCGGCAUGACUCACAUACUCCGGGAACUUCACAGGCCAGGGCUAAAGGUCUCUAAGCGAGAGGAGGUGGAAGCUGUCACCAUCAUAGAGACACCCCCUUUGGUGGUGGUUGGAGUGGUGGGCUACAUCGCGACGCCGAGGGGGCUGAGGAAUUUCAAGACCAUCUUCGCAGAACACAUCAGCGACGAAUGUAGGAGGCGUUUCUACAAGAACUGGCACAAGAGCAAGAAGAAAGCAUUCACCAAGUCCUGCAAAAAAUGGCGGGACGAGACUGGGAAGAAGCAGCUGGAGAAAGAUUUUGCAGCCAUGAAGAAGUACUGCAAGGUCGUCCGCAUCAUCGUCCACACCCAGAUGAAGCUCCUGCCACUGAGGCAGAAGAAGGCCCACGUUAUGGAGGUCCAGCUGAAUGGAGGCACGGUGGCAGAGAAAGUGGACUGGGCUCACGAGAAGCUGGAGAAGCAGGUUGCCGUGAACACGGUCUUCAGCCAGAACGAGAUGAUCGAUGUAAUCGGAGUCACCAAGGGUCACGGGAUGAAAGGGGUGACAAGUCGUUGGCGCACCAAGAAACUCCCACGGAAAACUCAUAAAGGCCUGCGCAAAGUUGCCUGCAUUGGAGCCUGGCAUCCCGCCCGGGUGGGCUACUCCAUUGCCCGGGCCGGCCAGAAGGGCUACCACCACCGCACAGAACUCAACAAAAAGAUAUACCGCAUUGGCCAAGGGUUCCACAUGGAGGACGGCAAAGUGGUGAAGAGCAAUGCAUCUACCAACUACGACACAACGGAGAAAACAAUUACCCCGCUGGGUGGAUUCCCUCGGUACGGAGAAGUCAACAACGAUUUUGUGAUGGUGAAAGGUUGCGUGGUAGGCACCAAGAAGCGAGUCCUCACCCUCAGGAAGUCCCUCCUGGUCCACACAAGCAGGAAGGCUUUGGAGCCCAUUGAACUGAAAUUCAUUGACACGACCUCCAAGUUUGGCCACGGACGCUUCCAGACGGCGCAAGAGAAGCGCGCGUUCAUGGGCCCGCAGAAGAAACACUUGGUGAAAGGGAAACUGGAAACUGAGGAGGAAUUGUAAAAAGGUUCCUCUGGAGAAGACGGUUCCAAAGUCUGGCUCAGCCCAGCAUUGUCCCUCCUUUGAGCUGUUGCAAAUACGAAUAUACUGAAACAAA